CAAUUUAAUUAUUGUUGUAACUCAUGAAUAUUCACGGGAAAUUAAAAUUUCAAUUUAAUCUAGGGCUCCACUUAAGUUAUCACUGAUCUACACUAACCACAGAUAAGGUUCGCACUUCCAUGUUCAUCACACCAAUCCUUCAUUAGUUUCCAAUUUCCACAAAAAAGAAGAGUAAAAUCCCAUAACAAAUUCAAGAUCUUUGUCGGUAAAACACCACCCUUUAUCUCAAAGAUCAAGAAAUAAUGACUUCAAGAAAACUGCAAGUGGUAUCCCCUGUUCCAGCAGAUAUAGAUAUAGCAAACUCUGUUGUUCCUCUGCACAUCUCUGAGAUUGCUAAAGAUCUCAAUCUUAACCCUGAUCAUUAUGAUCUUUAUGGCAAAUACAAGGCAAAGGUUUUAUUGUCUGUGUUUGAUGAACUUAAAGAAAGACAAGAUGGAUACUAUGUUGUUGUUGGAGGAAUCACUCCAACUCCUCUUGGAGAAGGCAAGUCUACUACUACUGUUGGUCUUUGUCAAGCUUUGGGAGCUUUUCUCGAUAAAAAGGUUGUCACCACUCUUCGACAACCAUCACAAGGGCCAACAUUCGGGAUCAAAGGCGGUGCAGCCGGCGGUGGUUACAGUCAAGUCAUCCCUAUGGAUGAGUUCAAUCUCCAUUUAACCGGUGACAUCCACGCAAUCACCGCUGCAAACAACCUUCUAGCCGCUGCCAUCGACACCCGAAUCUUCCACGAAAACACACAAAAAGACACCGCCCUCUUUAACCGAUUGUGUCCACCCGACAAAGAAGGUAAGCGCGCAUUCAAUGACAUUAUGUUCCGACGCUUAAAAAAGCUCAACAUCACCAAAACCAAACCCGAAGAUUUGACCCCAGAAGAAGUCACCAAGUUUGCUAGACUCGACAUUGACCCGGAUAGCAUCACUUGGAGGCGGGUCAUGGAUGUUAACGACCGUUUCUUGCGAAAAAUCACCGUGGGCCAAGGCCCAGAUGAGAAAGGAAUGGUGAGAGAAACUGGUUUCGAUAUAUCGGUUGCGAGUGAGAUAAUGGCGGUUUUAGCGCUCACUACAUCGUUAUCCGACAUGAGAGAACGCCUCGGGAAAAUGGUGAUCGGUAACAGCAAAAGCGGUGACCCCAUAACCGCUGACGAUCUUGGGCUUGGUGGUGCGUUAACCGUGCUCAUGAAAGAUGCGAUCAACCCAACCCUUAUGCAGACACUCGAAGGCACCCCGGUUCUUGUUCACGCAGGCCCGUUUGCCAACAUAGCUCACGGGAACUCGUCUAUAGUCGCUGACAAGAUCGCGUUAAAGCUAGUGGGGCCCGGCGGGUAUGUUGUUACGGAAGCAGGAUUUGGUUCUGAUAUAGGAACUGAGAAGUUUAUGAACAUUAAAUGUCGAUACAGUGGUUUGAAACCUCAGUGCGCGAUUAUUGUGGCGACUAUUAGGGCCCUAAAGAUGCACGGUGGUGGGCCACUGGUGACAGCUGGCAAGCCGCUUGAUCGCGCUUACACAACUGAAAAUGUGGGUCUUGUGGAAGCAGGGUGCGUGAACCUGGCUCGACACAUUGAGAACACGAAGGCUUAUGGUGUGAAUGUUGUUGUGGCUGUGAAUAAGUUUGCUACUGAUACGGAUGCUGAAAUAGCCGCUGUUAAGAACGCCGCCCUUGCGGCGGGUGCGUUUGAUGCUGUUCUUUGCACUCAUCAUGCCCAUGGUGGAAAAGGAGCGGUUGACCUCGGUAUUGCGGUCCAAAAGGCCUGUGAAAAUGCGACGCAACCUUUGAAAUUCUUGUACCCGUUGGACAUAAGCAUCAAAGAGAAGAUAGAAGCCAUUGCAAGAUCAUAUGGUGCUAGUGGUGUUGAAUACUCAGAUCAGGCGGAGAAACAGAUUGAGAUGUAUACCAAACAAGGCUUUUCGGGUUUACCAAUCUGUAUGGCGAAAACCCAAUACUCGUUUUCCGACAAUGCAUCAGCCAAGGGGGCUCCAUCUGGAUUCGUGUUGCCAAUCAGGGACGUUAGGGGAAGCAUUGGUGCUGGAUUCAUAUACCCGUUGGUCGGGACCAUGAGCACUAUGCCUGGCCUUCCUACACGACCAUGCUUCUAUGACAUUGAUCUCGACACUGAAACUGGACGCGUAAAAGGGCUUUCUUAAACCGUUCAAGAAUAACAGGGUUCGGGUUUGAUCGAUGGAAGUUUCUUUGAUAUUCCAACUUCUGCGGUUUGAAGAAAUUUGAGUUCUUGUACUUGGUUGUUGUGUAUUAGAUGAAUUAUGUCUGUUUUCGGCUCUGCACAUUGCCUUUGCAAUUGUAACCAAAGAAAUAAUCAGCUGGGAGAAUAAUAAAUUGAUAUUCCAAAAUCUAA